AUGGCCAACAAUCGCGUCCCGAUUAACUACGAAGUGCCUUCCUUUCCGUCAUUGUACGAUCCCCUGCCGGCGCAUCAUCAUCAAGCAUACUACCUAUACUACACGAAGGACAUCUGGCGCUUCACACUUUUCUGGACGCUGAUAUUCUACGGAGCGACACAUCUCACUGUUGCUGGGUGCGCAGUACUGACUCAUUUCCGUAACUGGAAUGUGAUAUGGAUUGUGCCGUUGGUGUACAUCUUUAUUGCAGCGCUGGAGUCGCUUCUAGCCGGGAGUAUAAUUGGAGUUGUCCUCGGCGCGGUGUAUGAAGCAGGCAAUUUCAGGAUGUCAACUUGGCUACCGAUGAUAUGGGGUGGUGUCAAUGUGAUGGUUCUUAUUGUCACCAGCUUCCCUAUGCAAGGUGGCCUUUGA